CCUCCCACUCCCUCCUCCUCAUCCCCCCUCUCCCCUCUCUUUCUCUCCUCGGCGGAUACCCUGGUGGUCCUUGUUCCCGACGUUUCGCCCUCUUGCCACACCCACACCUCCUAUUGAUUUUUUUCCUUCCUUUAUCGCCUUUCAUCCCCCGUGAACCUCGCCCUGCUACCCUCAAUGCUCGGAGGGAGCUCGGAGCGAGAUUCUUUUCCAUCUAACUCCGCUGCGGCCAGUGAACAAGCCUCCAUGUCUAUCGCAGCAGGUCACCCCGAGUCAGCCCCUGAGGCGGUGCCUCAGGACCAAUCCGCCAAUCCAAGUGCGUCAUCUCCGUCUACCGGACUAGAAGCUACCGAUCACCAAGCAUCUGGUGUUUCUACGGCCACCACUACCGAUCCUCCGAAAAAGCAUCAUUUUCUCCGCCCCAUCUCGUCGCGUGCGUCUCUAAAGGCCGACCGGCAGUCAACGUUAGACAAAAGCCAGGACACUGUCAACGAUGACUCGGAGAACACCCUCCGCGGAUCGAAACGAAGCAUUCUGAAAGGGCGACGGGACCGGAGCAGAGGCAGCAGCAUGCGAUCACGUCGGCAAAAUCAGGAAGGGGGAAGUAUGGAAGAGGACAAGACGGCGACCCCCGAGAUACGUGAUUCCUCCAAACCGGAACGAAAGAGCAAGGUCACCUUGAGGCUCUUCGCGUUUCUCAGUUGUUGUUCUUCGUCCAACGAUGACCCGGAGGAGCCAGCUAUUCCCGCAAAGAGAACAUCCCGGCGGCCAUCGGUACCCAACACACAGCCAACUCCGGAAAAGACAGAGGUCAACACUGGGGACUCGAGCACGGUGGAAUCUAAGGACCAGGCCUACUAUCGCGACGAGAAGCCCAAUUUGAUGGUCACGGCGGAUCAGUCGGCGUCGCAGAAGGACGAGGACCGGACGGCCAAAAUCUCGGAUCAGGACUUGAAAUUCGAUGGCUUGGCUGCGCAGUCCGGUCAGGCUGGACAGGAUCAAGAGUCUACACCGACCAAAGAUACCUCCGAAUCUCCAGGCCCUGAUUUCAUUGUCGCGACCGUUGAAGGGGGCGCGGGUAUUCCAAACGGGGCCGAAAAGACCGGGGACGAUUCUUUGCAGCAGGGGAAGGAGAAGUCACGAUUGCCGACGGAACAGGCUCAGACUCAGGAUCUCACUCCGGAAGCCGAUGAGCUCCCCCAGCUCCCGGCCGAGCACGAUACAACAGACGACCUCAAGUAUGCAGCCCACGAUGAAGAGGCAUCAACAUUAGCCCCGGAGUUACCACCCCCGCCGAUGCCUCCGAGCGAGAAACACAUUGAGACGGUGGAUCCCGACGAGCAUGGUCAAUUCCUCUUGCCUCCACCUUUACCUCACCUGCGCAACAGAAAAUGCUUGGUUCUGGAUCUGGAUGAAACGCUCGUCCACAGCAGUUUCAAGGUUCUCGAGCGCGCAGAUUUCACGAUCCCUGUUGAAAUAGAAGGCCAGUACCACAACAUUUACGUCAUCAAACGACCUGGCGUCGAUCAGUUCAUGAAAAGGGUUGGGGAAUUGUACGAGGUUGUUGUCUUUACUGCCUCUGUCUCGAAAUAUGGCGAUCCCUUGUUGGAUCAAUUGGACAUUCACAAUGUUGUCCACCAUCGCUUGUUCAGAGACAGCUGUUAUAAUCACCAAGGCAAUUACGUGAAGGACCUAUCUCAAGUUGGCCGCGACCUACGAGACACCAUCAUUAUUGAUAAUUCCCCGACAUCCUAUAUAUUCCACCCUCAACAUGCGAUACCCAUCAGCAGCUGGUUCUCUGACGCCCACGAUAACGAGCUCCUAGAUCUAAUUCCUGUCCUUGAAGACCUUGCCGGAGCGCAAGUGAAAGACGUCAACUUACACCACUUUUCCCAAAAAAACAUCUCCAACUGCCUCUUCUCCACAACAAACACUCACCUACAUCCUAUACACACCACAAUGAAAGACCGUCACGGCUGGGAUGGGAAACUCCGCGUCGGUGGAGAGGAGCCCAAAGAAGCCAUCAUCACCAACCCCGAAGCUCUCGAAGAUCCGGAUUACUCCGACUCGGAUGCGCCGCCCGUGGAGGAGAUUCAAGCCGAUGAAGAUCUACUGGAAGAUGAGGAUGUGGAUACAGAGGAAAUCGACCUAAUACAUUGUCGGAUAACGUCGCUCCCGGCAUUAAAAUUGGAGCGCUUUGAGAAAGUCAAGAGAGUAUGUUUCCGCCAGAAUCAAAUCACACGCAUCGACCUCCCCACGAACCUCGCCAAAUCGCUCACCGAACUCGACCUCUACGACAAUCUCAUCUCACAUAUCAAGGGGCUGGAUGAAUUCGAGAACCUGACCAGCCUGGACCUGAGCUUCAACAAGAUCAAACACAUCAAGAACAUCAACCAUCUGGUCAAGUUGACGGAUCUGUACUUCGUGCAGAACAAGAUCUCGAAGAUCGAGGCGAUAGAAGGGCUGACGGUCCUACGGAAUUUGGAGCUGGGAGCGAAUCGGAUUCGGGAAAUCGAGAAUCUGGAGACGCUACAAUCGCUCGAGGAAUUAUGGCUGGGGAAGAACAAAAUCACCGAGUUGAAGAACCUCGACGCCCUCCAAAACCUGCGCAUCCUGUCGAUCCAAUCCAACCGUCUCACUAGCAUCAGCGGACUGUCCGCUCUGCCGAACCUCGAAGAACUCUACCUCUCCCACAACGCGAUCACGGAGCUCGGCGGUCUGGAGAAUAACGUGAAUCUGCGGGUGCUGGAUUUCUCCAACAACCAGGUCUCCAAGUUGGAGAACCUGUCGCACCUGAAGAAUCUGGAGGAGCUGUGGGCGUCGAACAACCAGCUGGCCAGUUUCGAGGAGGUGGAGCGCGAGCUGCGCGACAAGGAGAACCUGAAGACAGUGUACUUCGAGGGCAACCCGCUGCAGAUGCGGGCGCCCGCCCUGUACCGCAACAAGGUGCGGUUGGCAAUCCCGCAUAUCAUGCAGGUGGACGCAACGUAUAUGCGUGUUGCGUGAUAGUGGGUGGGGGUGGGGUAAGACGGGGAAAAGGAAAGGUGGAUAUCUGCUGCAACUGGGGAGAACUAUGCAAUAGAUAGUAAUCUUCUUUCUUUCCCCGCUUGAUAUGAAAGUAUCAAGAUAUGAUAUACGAUGUGCAUAUGACCAACUUUCCCUCGACUGGAGUGAAGUAAUACUACAAGAUGAAUG